UUUUUUAAUACACUCAACAACUCACUCGUGUUAUUUUUUGUAGAAAGUUAUUUGAGGGCGGAGAUUUUAUGACAUUUUUAACAUAGAAAUUUAAGAAAUAAGACAUUUUUGUUAAUUGACAUUCGUCUUGAGCACUAUUUAGUUUGGAACACUAAAGUGGGAUCGGCUUUAUGCCUUAAACACAUUGGCCGAUUUUAUUUGUUGGAAAGCAUUGGUCACAUUGAAAAAAUACAGUCUCAUUUAACACAUUUAAUAUAAAAACUCAAAUCAGUGCAAAAAAAUGAAAUGGAUGCCUACGUUUGUAAAUUAAAUUUCCACGCUCAUUUAAAAACCAAAGUCAGCGUGUUUUAAAAAAAUGAAUUCUUUUUUUCACAUAAUACUAUACUUUAAACUUUAGGUCAUUUAAAUUUUCAGUAAAAAUCUCAAAAAAGAUUAUAAGCCAGUACGUAAGCAACUGAAGAUAGUACUAUUUUAUUUUAAUAAACUAUCAAAGGAUUGCAAAAAGAGAAUUUGCCUCCUCCAUCAUAACCAAACAAAAAAUUCUUCUCCAACUGUCGAUCGCCGGCGAAUCCUUCAAAUGGCCGGAAAGAGUAAAAUUCUGAUCAUCGGAGCAACUGGAUAUAUCGGAAAAUUCAUCGUCGGAGCCGCCGCCGCCGCUGGCCACCCCACUUUCGUCUUAGUCAGAGAGUCCACUCUCUCUAACCCGGAAAAAUCCAACCUAAUCCAAAGCUUCAGAGAUUUCGGAGUCAAUUUCAUACCUGGAGAUAUGUAUGAUCACGAGAGCUUGUUGCGAGCAAUCAAACAAGUUGAUGUGGUGAUAUCAGCCGUUGGAUACGCUCAGUUGAAUGAUCAGGAUAGGAUUUUAGCUGCUAUUAAGGAGACUGGCAAUAUUAAGAGGUUCUUUCCUUCGGAGUUUGGAAAUGAUGUUGACCGCGUCCAUGCUGUUGAGCCGGCAACGUCAGUGUUCCAACACAAAGCUCAGUUUCGCCGUGUUGUGGAGGCAGCAGGGGUCCCUUACACCUAUGUCUCGUGCAACUUCUUUGCUGGUGUGUUCAUUAGAUCACUGGCUCAGUUAGGUGCCACAUCUCCUCCAAGAGACAAAGUUGUUAUCCUAGGAGAUGGCAACACGAAAGCUGUUUAUAAUAAGGAAGAAGACGUAGCCACUUACACCAUCAAAGCUGUGGAUGAUCCAAGAACAUCAAAUAAGACCCUCUACAUUAGACCACCUGCCAACACUAUCUCCAUGAAUGACCUAACAACAUUGUGGGAGAAUAAGAUCGGCAAGAAACUCGAACGGAUCUACGUUCCAGAGGAGCAAGUUCUUAAAGACAUUGAAGAAGCUUCAUCCCCUUUAAAUGUGAGACUAGGCAUAUGCCACUCUGUUUUCGUGAAGGGAGAUCACACCAACUUCAAGAUCGAGCCGUCGUUCGGAGUCGAGGCGUCGGAGCUAUAUCCAGAUGUUAAGUACGCUACAGUUGAUGAGAUGCUUGACCAAUAUGUUUGAAAUAACUUCAUGAAUUUGAGUAUUAUGAUGAAUUUGAUCUCA